AUGAUAACUGAUAGUAAUAAUCAUAAUCAUAAUACCUACAUAGAAUCUUGUAUAAAUCGAUGGAAUGAUUAUUGUGAAAUUGCACAAGGACGGUUAGCUGAAUUAAGGGAACACUGUUGUGCAACAAAAAUGGUCACAACGGAUAAAAAAAUCUCUGAUUGUCCAGAUGCUUAUACUACUCCAGGAUGGAGUGAUGUUCUAAAUUGGCUAAAUGAAAUCGCGACACAACGUACUGUUGAUUAUUGUAGUGGUGAUAUUUCUAAAUGUCGAUUACCGUCCGAAUGGAAUGAAGUAAAUCUGUUUCGUCCACGUUGGCUUCGAUCUACACUGAUUCCAGCUUUAUUAAAUGCACCUGAAAUAGAACAUUUAUCAGCCGAGUUAAAAUUUGCACGUGAACAAUUAUUACAGGGGAUACGGUCAGCUGGUUUAUCACAUUUAUUGAAUCAUACAGAAGAGAAAACCUCUACCACAAAGACGACUACGAAAGCAACAACAACAACGAAGAGGAAGAAGAAACGACCAACGUGUACUCCAUAACGAUCUUCAACAUCUAAACAAUACAGAAUUUCUACUUAAAGCGAAUUCUACAAUGAAAGAAAUAAAAAUUAAUAGCCGUAUAAUUAAUACUUAAAACGAACUAGAUAAAAAAGCUGAAAAGAUUGAGAGAGG